AUGAUAGUCGUCGUUCAUGUAAGAUCAGAUGACACUUCCACACGAAAUGAAUGGCGUGGAACAUAUGGAAAUAAACGGCUGAUGGACAAAGUGAACUACAGUCUUCUCUUUUCCGUCGGCACGCCAAAUGGCACAAAGGACCAAGAACUGCUGCUAGAGGAAGCUCGUCUCCAUAGAGACAUUCUCCAAACAAAUAUUGACGACACUUACAGGAACUUAACAUACAAGGCAUGUUCCUUCUUUUAUGUUCUACUAAGCGUUAUACAUGGUUGA